GGGAAUUAAAAAUUAGGGUCAAGAGACAAAGGCUUCAUGAUAAUGAUAGUUUUGUCAAUUAACAUGACUGAUAAUUUAUAAAAUUUUAAAAUUAAAUAAUUAAGGAUAAAUAUGACAUUUAAAAUUAGAGGGAUGUAAUUGUUAAAAAAAUUGAUAACCCUCGUCCGAGUGACAUUGACCAACUCCUUUUUUAUUUUUUAUUUAUUUAUUUUUAAGGUGAUCCAUGCUAUGAAAGCCUGGCCUACAGCAUGAAAGCCUCGCCCAUAUGCAGCUCAAGGGUUUGUGUCCAUGAGACUCUAUGUAUGUUUGUAUAUGGUGUUAAUAUAUCUGUGUGUAUGACAAGAGAAUGGGAACACCUAAAAGUUGAUCAGAAAAGUCAGAAAAUGAGUACCCAGGACAAGAUCAGAGAUUCCACAUCCUCUGCACCUGAUUGGUCCGUUUGAAAGCACACAGAUUCCCUAUGUAUUCACCCACCACUGUUGAUUAAAUCUCAAUCCAACCACUGCAAAAUAUCACACCCCCAUCAAAAACCAAAUGCAAAGUACCACCAUCAAAACCACCGUAUAUAAUUGACGCACCAAGCACCUGAUCCCCUGACUCUUCUCAAGGUUUCCUGUAUUUCUUUCUGCUGAUUGUUUCUCGAGAAAGUGUUUUCUUUUCCAUUUUCCUCUCUUUUCGUUUUGAAUUUCAUAAAAUGAAGAACGGUAAAAAGGCCAAGAAAGGUAUUGGAGGGAGGAAAGGAGGUGGUCCGAAGAAGAAGCUGGUGUCACUCUCCGUUAAAUCCGGUGGUCUGCCGUUUCCGGUCGGAAGGAUCGGCCGCUAUUCUCAGCUUGUCGGAACCGGCGGUACAGUAUAUCUCGCCGCUGAGGAACGAGGUUGUGGGAGAAAACUAAAUGAUUUUUAUUUGGAACAUCAUCACAAAACACAUACUCCGUAUUAAAUUUAUGGGAACUUGCAUUUCGUUUGAAGAGCGAAUACAUCUAUUGGUCAUACUAGCUAAGAAUUGAGUUGUUGUGCCAUCUCGAGUCCGUCCAUCUCCAUUAUAUUUCUUUAAAAAAAAAAAAAAAAAAAAAAAAAAAAAAAAAAAAAAACAAACAAA